GAAGACGAUGAAAGGUCUACUAUUGUGAAGGAGCGCCACGCCAACAUGAGAUAAUGGCGAGGACAGAAUUUGUUCUUUCUCUUGUGUUCGUCAUACGCUCCAUUGCAGGUGAAACAUGCAUUUCAAAUUGUGAGGGGAAGGCGGAGGGCAAUUACGUUUUAUGCGGUCCUAAAUGCAAGGCCGGUAAUUUCAUGACUUGUACUGGGGAAAAGGGAAUUGAAAUGCCGUGUGCUAUGGGUGAGUACAUCCAAGAUAACAGCACCAAGUACCUCGCUAGGCUCAUCUUCGACCCGUCCAUGGGGGCAUGCAUGUACAGCAACAAAAUCUGCAGCACCCCGGAAUUUAAAGUCACAUCUUGUCUGACCUACGGAUGUUCCUACCGUAUGGAUGGAGAAUACCCUCUGUGUGGCAGGCAAUGUUUUGAGGGGUACUACGCUGAGUGCCACAAUGGAGUGAUGUCAAAGAAAUCAUGCUCUCCUGAAACCGAUGACGCAAAUUCUUCCGCAUUAGUUUUCCAACCCUCCACGAAAAAGUGCGAGAUGUCGACCGACGUUUGUAAAAAGGACAUGGAGAUUAUAAAAGAGAAGCUGAAAGAUAAACGCAAGUAUAUUUACUAUACAUCAGAGGCGUAG